AGAGCAGGAGGAGACAGCAGAGGACACAGACACAGGGGAAGCACUGGGCGGCUGCUCUCUUUUUAUUUUAAACUUCUCGACGCUUCCUUCACGUGCAGGAUUUGGACGGUUCGAUCAAUGAAGGACAGGCGGCCGUGUCAGGUGUCCUCCCUGAAAGCCAGCAUGGACCAGAGUCAGAGUGUGAAGUGUAAGAUAGUGGUGGUGGGGGACAGCCAGUGUGGCAAGACUGCACUGCUUCACGUGUUCGCCAAGGACUGUUUCCCAGAGAGCUAUGUCCCCACGGUGUUUGAAAACUACACGGCCAGUUUCGAGAUCGACACCCAGCGAAUCGAGCUCAGCCUGUGGGACACCUCAGUGGAAAGGGGAGAUUCAGGAGUUUUGUCCAAACACCAAGAUGCUUUUAGUUGGCUGCAAAUCGGACCUACGCACUGACCUGAGCACCCUGGUGGAGCUGUCCAACCAUAGACAGACACCCGUUUCCUACGACCAGGGUUCCAGCAUGGCCAAGCAGAUCUCGGCUCCUUACAUCGAGUGCUCGGCUCAGCAGUCAGAAAACAGCGUCAGGGACAUUUUCCACAUGGCCACGCUGGCCUGCAUCAACAAAAGCAACAAGAACGUCAAACGGGGCAAGACCACACGUGCCACCAAGAGGAUUUCACACAUGCCUGGUCGGCCUGACCUGGCAGCCGUCGCCACGGACCUCCGGAAGGACAAGGCCAAAAGUUGUUCGGUCAUGUGACUUAUCAGACUGUGAAAUAGGGGGGUCAAACUGAGGACUGUGCAUCGUGGAAGCAGGAAGCUAUGGGCCAAAGCUCUGUCCUGCAUGCAAAAUACUUUUUAUUUUUGUCUGGAAAGGGGAUUUUAUAAGCUUCAGAUACUGUUACUGGAAUAUUCUGCACCAAUAGAGGCUCGUUGUGUAGUAGCAUCCCAAUCGAUGUACCCCCUCCCCCGAUCCCACCAGACAAGGAACCCAUCAGUCAGCGAGCUACCUGCUCUGGGAAGAGACCUGCUUCCCCUCUGAGGCCAAAGCGGAUGCAGCCAAGGCUUUUCUCGGCAACAGGAACAGGAAGCGAGCAGGAGGAGGGAGUGAUGUCAUUUCUCACAUGUGAAGGUUUUUCUAGAACGUGCAAUCUUUUGAACGAGAGCCAAAGCCAGGGAUUGUCGGAGGGGGUGGUUGUUGCCUCGGGCGGAAGAGAAAAGAGGAGCUGUUUGUGCCGGAUCAACAACUUUUUUGCUCGAAGGGCUUGUAUGACAACUCAUCACUGUGUUUGAAACUGAUUCACGCUCACGUCUGCUCCGGUAACUGUCGGUCCGUCUGCAGAGGAGACUGAGCGAGGAAACUCUGUCUCUGGUGUACGUUUGUUGGUAUAAUGUGAAGUUGUUUGUUUGUGUCUGCAUCGUUGUUUUAGCUGUACUUCAUUCUGUAGAUCUGAUCAUGAGGAACUGAGUGAAAGAGGCUUCACUUCAACAACUAAAUGUUUAUGAAAAAUAAAAGUCUAACGAUAAGGUGUAUUAAACCAUUAAAUGUCACAAAUGCCCUUUCAACAGAACGCUGGAUAUUUAUUUUUAGGUUGUUUUUAUUACAACCUCUGUUCAAACGUUUUUUAACCAAUGGGGCGUUGUAUCCACACGACGUGGUGUCAAACAUCCACAGCAACCAAGAAAUUGAGCAAAUGGUUAAAAGUUAUUGACAGGUUCAGGAUAAAUUAAGACAAACGUAGAAAAAAACAGGGAAAACUUCGUCAUUCAAGUUUCUAGGACGCAAUGCGAUGGGGAGACUGUGAAAUAAGAUAAGUUAUUGUUUCUGAAAAGCUCUGUCUCCCCACAAGAAUAUACCAAAAAUGCUACAAAGUUCAGUCAGGUCAUCUGGACGGUUGUUUUUUUGUUGUUGGGAUGUUUCGUCCUU